AUGCCCAAGCUAUCCUAUUUGAUACGAAAAUGCAAAGGAAAGGAUGGAGAUAAAAUAAGCGAACACGAAGAAGUGGACGUGUUUAGCAUCCUAAACGAAGAUAGCUCCUAUUCAUCGGAUGGGGUGGACAUAGAUAGUCACAUCGAUGAGGAGUGGGCCGAUGCCAUCCUGGAGGAUAACAAAAAAAAUAAAAACCGACAGGGGAGUAACUCCAGUGAAACCAAUGGAAGUAGUGCCAAGAAAUUACCACAUAGUCCGGACGGCAACUCAAAGGAGGGGUGUAAAAGUGGAAAGGAUGACACGUCGAACGGAGAAGUAACUACCAUCUCGGGGGAGGGAAAUUUGGAUAACAUUGUGCUGUCCAAAAGGGCACACAUAUUCCACAGCCUCAAAAUAUUAUACCCCAAGGGGGAAGGAAAAGGUGGUGAAAAUGGGGGCGCAAACAUUAGCGAGAAGGAUAAAAGCAACGCCAAGUUCCAACAGAACGAAGGGAUCAAAGACAUAGAUGGUAAGGGCCCCCCCGGAGAGGAAUGCCCAAAACAAAAUAACAAAGUGAGGAACCCCCUGAAGAACACGUACAAAAAUUUCACUUUGUACGAAAAUAAAGUAAAACAAAUGGAAAAAAAGAAGAAAAAAAAAAACGAAAAAAAAAAAGAAAAGUAUGAUAUAUUAUAUGGAAAAUGUAGACUGUUCUCCUAUAUUGAGCCUCUACAACAGCAUCCACAUGUGUCUGAGCUGUACAACGAUAUCCUGCAAAGCAUUAACCAUUUUAACAAGCUAAAUGUAAGAGAGGCGUAUCAUCAUCUGAGGGAUGUGUAUUUGAAAAAGUACGCCACAGGGAGGGAGGUGAAGAAAAAACAAUUCUUCGAAAAUCGUUUUGUUAGCGAAAUAUUAUAUAGAUACAAAAUGAUGAAUAAAAUUGAACUCAUAUUUAAUAUGUACGUUAAAGACACAGGGGAUGAUUUUUUGAAUUUUUCUGUUAUUUCGAAAAGGGUUUACAAGAAUUUUCUUUUUGACUAUCUCAUUGAUCUGGUGGAUGUGAAUGGGAUGCUCUGUUUUUCCAGGUACACGAACUGGCCAAGUGGAAGCAGUGACGACAUUUCAGCCUCCCUCACGGUGCAGUCGUCUGAGGAGUUUGUGAGCGACGCGGAAGGAGUGGAAAGCGCGGCACGGGCGGGCAAGUCCCUGGAGAAGUGCCCUGAGAGAAGCCUAUCCGAUGGAAGUGACGGAGGUGAAGAAUACAAGAACUGCGAAAAACGCUUCUCGAACACCCGAGAUAACCGCCGUGGUAGGCGAGCUCGGAAGCGGGAGAGCAAGAGAAAAAACGCAGCGUCCAGAUGCAUAGAAAACAAAUACAUCGAUUAUAGACACUUUCAUCUGGUCUAUGAUGAGGAAGAUAAUGAAGUAUUCUAUUUCGUGACGAAAAAGGAGUUUAACUCGUUCAAGAGGAUAUAUUCCAGGAAACUUGGUGAGGGUCUUCUCAGAGCAGAGGGGCAGGAAGAGGAGGACGACAAGGGGGAGACUCCCUCUGGGGAGGAACCAAGCUCGGACCAGUUCCAGACGGCUGAAGAGAGCGAAGAGGAUAGUGGAAAGACGAGCGAUUCAAACAGUGAACCGAAGAGCGAACCGAAAAGCGAACCAACGAGCGAACCAAAGAGCGAAGCGGGGCGCAGAGCAAAGCAGCAGUCUACACGCAAAGAGAAAGCAAAAAAAUCUGCGAACCAAAGUAUGUGGAAACGUGAGGACGCUAACGCGGAGUCCACCCAUAGCAAGAUUGAAGAAAGAGAAAAAAGUGACCUGAACACGUUCAUAUAUUUUUACGUGAAUUUACUGAUCCCUUCCAAUUUUGUGUACGUCAUUGCCGCCAUGAUUGAGAGUAACCUGUUCAAGUCGUGGAUUCCCUUCUACUCCUUCCCCUUUAAAUUUGGAAUCAGCGAAUGCAAAACGUUGAAGCAGAGAGGAAUGCUGGACAAAAUUGUUUACACAAAAAUUGCCAUGCCGUGGAUGAUCAAGGACAGAUGCUUACUGAUGGACGUAUGGAUAUGCGAAGAUCUCAAAUUUUCGAAAGGCAUCUUUUUAUAUGCCUCCAAUAUUCCGAAGAAUUCUGAAAAUAUGACUAACCUCGUUUUGGACACGGACAGCUGCACGGAAAUUGAUAUGGCGAUCCACGCGUUUAUCUCCCCCAGGACUUCCGACGAGACCGUCGUCAAGUGCUACGUCGAAAUAUCACCCAACAUGAAUGUGAACGAGUUUUUUAUUUCGUUCUUGACAAAGGUUUUCAUCAAGAGUUGCAUAUCCCACUUCGUCAACGCGUGUAAAAAUUUCCAGUUCAACCAAGUGUACAACAGUGAGCUGCGCAAGAGCAGCUUAUUUUACGAUCGAUUGCGGAAGGCAGCAGAGGAGUGUAAAAUAUAUCACACAUGA